AAUCCUUCCUCCCCUUCACCUUGGAAGCUCAACUCAACUACGCACCUAGUCAUUCUGCUGGGUCACCCACGCUAGGAAAGACAACUCCUCCACUCCUCUAUUCUUCCAGGAUCGUUAGGUGGGUUGGCAAUGCGUACCAUGCGGAAGCCCACCUUCACUCUGGUACUAUUUAUCAUGGGCGCCUUUAACGAACUGUACCCAUGCAGCACUUGACUAGCCCCAUACAAGGUUAUAGCCUACCAAGUUUAGCCGAUUGAGGAGUCUUGUCACGCUGACUGGUUUUGCCUUGCCUUGGGCUCAUCAGGGGAGCGGCUCCAACUUCCGACCAGUGUAUGCAGGAAUGGUAAUCCCACACACAAGGGUCCGCCUGAGCACUCCCCAAACAAUCUUUAUGGCAACAUCUUCCCCAGUAUGGUGUUGCACAUUUUCAAACUUUAUGGACGUAACAGUACGCAUCUGGCCAUCCCGCCGAAUCUCGCAUCAUCAAGUAGUGUUGUAUGUGGGAACAAAGGAGACUAUUCUGCCGCCGGAGUUUCCAUUGAGAUCUACAUGGAAAAUCAAGAAAAACUAAUAACCAAACAACUAGAAAGACCGAAGGGAAGAGAGAUGGUGAAAGACCCAAAAAUCACCAACUGCAUUUAAAAGCAAAAAUUAGAUAGAGGAAGAUGUUGAUAUAAGAAGAAGAGCAACACAAGAGCGAUUCACCAAUCAUGGAAGAGAGGUGACGUGUACGAGUUACCUAAUUUGUACAAUUACUUUUUAGCUCAAAGUAUUUUUGCUAUCAUAAACUAGUUAUAAAAUUUACAAUCUUAGACGAAAGCCCUGUGUAUAUGAACCUGAACAUGAUAGUAUACUGAAGUAGCUUAAAAAGCCAUCGGUGAUUAAUAUUAGCAUGAAUACACUGAGAAAAGGAUUAUUUGUUUAAGCAUGUUGCUAUGUGAUGUGGAAACUGUGAAAUGAUUUAUGCAUGAGAAACAUUAUUUAUUGGAUUCUUUGAAUCGUAUGAGAUGAUGUAGUUGGUCAAAAUUAAUAUCUGAAUUCAUUUGAAAUGUGAACUUAAGUAUCUUGCAUGCCACAAUAUUCUUUGAUCAAUAUUAUUCAAUCAACAAUGAGCAUUCUCGUUACAUAUACUUUGUACAAGCUUUUAUUUUGCAGAUAAAUUUUAAAAGUAAGAGCAAGGCUAAUAAGCCUGGAAGCCACGACCACAAAAUGAAGAAAAACCUAACUACGGUAGGUUCCGGCCUCGGAAAAUAGACCUCUGGCACCAGAUAAGCCGAGUUGAGGAAAUGGAGACCCCAACCACAGCAGAUGCCAGCCUCGGAAAUAGACUUCUGGCACCACUAAACUGAGUUGAAGAAGUGAAGACCCCAACUAUAGCAGGUGUGAUGGAAAUAUCAUUGUUGAGAACACUUCUCAAUAACAUCUCCUCUUUUUUAUGUUUAUCAUCAGUUGAAAACUUCAGCUCCAACCUAGUGCAGAAGUAUUGCCAGAAGGCAAAAGAGAUAUUGAAGUUGUUGAAGCCAAUACUUUGUGCUUUUGUUGAUUUUGAAAUAGCUUCUGAUGAAGUGCUUGAUAAUAUAUUUCGUGAAUUGUGCGAAUCUGUUGAUGAACUGAGGGAACUCUUCGAAAACUGGCAACCAUUGUCAAGUAAAGUUUAUUUUGUUCUGCAAAUUGAAUCAUUAAUAUCAAAGAUCCGGAACUUGGGUCUGGAUUUUUUUCAGCUGUUGAAGUCUUCCCGUGAACAUUUCCCUGAUGAAUUAAGUUCAUCGUCCCUUGAGUACUGCACACUGAAAAUUAAGCCAAUGGGAUAUGAACAAACAUCAUCUAUUGUUAGAGAAGCUAUUAGGAUUCAAGCGGAGAGUGUUGAAUCUAGCUCUGAGAUUCUGGUGAAAGUCGCAGAGAGUUUAAACUUAAGAUCCAAUCAAGAUAUUCUGAUUGAAGUGGUAGCCCUUGAGAAGUUGAAGGAGAAUGCUGAACAAGUGGAAAACACCAUGGAACCCGAGUUAUUCGAUCAAAUGAUUUCUCUUGUCACCUGCAUGCGUGAUCGUCUUGUUCUGAUAAAACAGUCUCAGACCAAUGGCCCAGUCCCAAUACCAGGUGAUUUUUGCUGUCCUCUUUCUCUUGAAUUGAUGAGUGAUCCAGUGAUUGUGGCAUCUGGGCAAACCUAUGAGCGAGCAUUCAUUAAAAAUUGGAUUGAACUUGGGCUCACUGUAUGCCCAAAGACAAGGCAGACUCUUGAUCGCUCCAAUCUGAUACCUAAUUACACUGUAAAGGCUUUAAUUGCAAAUUGGUGCGAGUCCAACAAUGUGAAGCCGUGUGAUCCUGUAAAGUCAUUGAGCUUCAAUCAGCCCUCACCUCUCCUUGUACAUGCUGAGUCUGGUGCCAUAUCCAGGGAUUCACAUGUUUUUCCUCAAUCCAGGGGCGACGAACCGAUGUCACCUGAGUCAACUCAGUCUACUGGUUCUCCUAGAAUGAAUUGGAUCUCUUCUAGUGGGAUUUGUCAAGAGGGAACUUCUCCACUUCAUCCCUGUUCUACAUCUGAGAAUUCCUUAUUAGGUGUAGUAGAAAACAAACUGGGUUUGGACAUGAUAAUAUCACUAACAAGUUCUGAGGAAAGGUCGGCUAACUUGGAUGAAAGGAGCGUGGAUUCAAUUGUCUACCAUCCUGUAUCACCAUCUAGGAAGCAAGUUUUGAAUGCUGUUAGAGCUGAUGGACCAAUAACUCAGAACCACCAUAGAAAUGCUUCAGCCUCCAGUGCAAUUGCUAAUGGAAAUUUUCCUCAAGGAGUACAUGCAGAUGCUAAUGAGUGUUCAGCUAUGUCAAACCAUCUUGCUCCCUGCACUAGUGAUACUUCAGGUGAAAUAGAAACAGAGCCUGUUGAAAUAGAAACAGAGCCACAGGCUUCUACUACUUUGAACACCCCUCAUAGAGAACCUGAGUUCUCACCCCGUGUGGUUGAGACACGAUCUCGAAGUCAAACAAUCUGGCGGCAGCCGAUAGAUAGGCUUGUUCCAAGAGUAGUUUCUUCUUCUGCUGUGGGAACAAGAGCUAAUCUUUCUGGUGUUGAAACCAAUGUUCGGAAGCUGGUUGAGGACUUGAAGAGCAAUUCAGUUGAUUCUCAAAGAGAGGCAACGGCUGAACUCAGGACACUUGCUAAACACAACACGGACAAUAGGAUUGUUAUAGCAAACUGUGGAGCCAUUAACUUGUUAGUUAACUUGCUUCGAUCAACUGACAUGAAAAUUCAAGAAAAUGCUGUCACAGCACUCCUUAACUUGUCAAUUAAUGAUAACAACAAAACAGCAAUUACCAAUGUUGAUGCUAUUGAACCUCUUAUUCAUGUUCUAGAAACAGGAGCUCCGGAGGCAAAGGAGAAUUCAGCUGCUACUCUGUUUAGCCUAUCGGUAAUCGAGGAUAACAAGGUCAGGAUAGGACGGUCUGGGGCUGUGAGACCUCUGGUUGAUUUGUUGGGGAAUGGAAGACCGCGGGGAAAGAAGGAUGCAGCCGCAGCUUUGUUUAAUUUGUCAAUACUUCAUGAAAACAAAGCCCAAAUUGUGCAAGCUGGUGCUGUUAAGCACCUUGUGGAGUUGAUGGACCCAGCAGCUGGGAUGGUUGACAAAGCAGUUGCUGUUUUGGCUAAUCUUGCUACAAUUCCUGAUGGAAGGAGUGCAAUUGAUCAAGAGGGUGGGAUCCCUUUUCUGGUUGAGAUUGUUGAGUUGGGUUCUGCAAGAGGGAAGGAAAAUGCUGCUGCUGCACUUUGGCAGCUUUGCAUAAAUGAUAAGAAGUUUUGCUACAUUGUGCUCCAAGAAGGUGCUGUACCGCCAUUAGUGGCUUUAUCGCGGUUCGGCACCCCAAGGGCUAAAGAAAAGGCUCGGUCAUUGCUUCAGUUCCUCAGAAUCCAGCGACAUGGCAAUGGUAGGGAAUGAGUUUUUUGCUUUUUAAGACUAACCAGCCAUUGCCAUGAGAGGUUUUGAUUGGAGUUCUAUACAGUGUAUAUGCAUAUUAAGGUUUUGCUGCCUGAAUUUUACAUUAUUUGUAGAGGAAAAUUUAUUUGUAGAGAACAUGAUUGAUUCAUCUUGUGAAAAUUCCUUUUUACUGGUGAACUAGUUGUUUUGCCCCG